UGGAAAAACCCUUUCCUUCGAUCCCGUUCCCUCUCCCUCUCCCUCUCCGAGCUCUCUUCCUCGUGUUACUCUGUCACCAAUUUUCGCGCCGCCAUAUCCGCCGUCUCUAUUACGGUUAGUUCUCUAUCUCUCCGUCGCGACUCUGAGUCUGAGUUCGUUGUCUCCGGCAACUUUCUGGCCUCGGAGAACACCGACCUGCCACUGAGCCUUGAUGGCCAUGACGGUGCGUGUUAACCCCAGUGAGUGGAUUCACUGAGAACAGUCAGUCCUCUGAGAAUCUCACAAGGUUGUGGGAAGAAAGGCCACAGAAAGAAUGGAGGGGAGGUUGGCUAAUACAUGGAGGUUGACUGUAAACGAGAAGAAAUUUGUAGAAACCGCAUUGCAGUCUGAGCUCAGAGUCGAUGGUCGUGGGCUUUAUGAUUACCGCAAGCUCACUAUUAAAUUUGGCAAGGAAUAUGGAUCCUCGGAGGUGCAACUCGGUCAGACUCAUGUUAUGGGUUUGGUGACUGCCCAUUUGGUGCAACCCUAUAAAGAUAGACCUAAUGAAGGGUCGCUCUCUAUUUUUACGGAGUUUUCUCCAAUGGCUGAUCCAUCUUUCGAGCCAGGCCGUCCUAGCGAAUCUGCUGUAGAGCUGGGCCGCAUCAUAGAUCGUGGUCUAAGAGAAAGCCGUGCGGUGGAUACUGAGUCACUUUGUGUUCUAGCUGGGAAGUUGGCUUGGGCUGUUCGUAUUGAUCUUCACAUUUUGGACAAUGGAGGAAACUUGGUUGAUGCUGCAAAUAUCGCUGCUUUAGCUGCAUUAUUGACAUUCAGGAGGCCUGAAUGCACAUUAGGAGGCGAGGACGGUCAGGAAGUUACAAUACACCCGCCUGAGGACAGGGAACCACUGCCACUGAUAAUACACCAUCUUCCGAUAGCUUUCACGUUCGGAUUCUUUAGUGAAGGGAACAUCUUGGUGAUGGACCCAACCUACAUUGAGGAGGCUGUCAUGGGUGGAAGAAUGACAGUCACAGUUAAUGCAAACGGUGAUAUAUGUGCCAUCCAAAAACCGGGAGAAGAAGGCGUUUCUCAAAGCGUUAUUCUUCAUUGCCUCCGGCUUGCUUCUUCUAGAGCUGCUGCAACUACAAAGACAAUAAAAGAAGCUGUCGAAACAUAUGACCGGGAAAAGGCCUUGCAGAAGGUGAAGCGCCGUUCUACUUCUGAAAAAUCGGGAGAUUCUGGGCCUAUGGUUGCUCAGAAAGAGGAAUAUUUCGAUCAAGAUAAAGCUGAAGAGAUUUCCAGGAAACAUGUCGAGAGAUUGAAGCUGUCUUCUGAAGUUAGUGGCACAGCGAAAGAUGACAACGAUGAGAAGACUAUCAAAUCUUCGAAACUUGGAGGCGUUAAAGAACAGAAAACGGCUCCGGGUAAUUUCAUCGGUAGGCCCUCAAGUUGGGACCCGUAUUCAGAAGGCGUAGACGUUGAAUCGCUCAAAGUUUCCCUUGCUUCACUAGGCACUGUCCAAACAUCGACCCGAGGCAAGAAACUGGAUGAUUUGGGAGGCAAUGGGAACGAGAACGGGACCGGGACUUCACGAAUGGAAGUGUCUGAAGAUGUGAACUCGGGUUCUGUGUCUCAGACAACGAGACCUAGAGAUGGAGAGAUAACACUGAAGGAUGCAGUGAAGCCAAAGAACAAGAGAAAGAAGAAGCCCUCUUCUCAAUCCACUUUAGAAUGAAUCCAAAUGUUAUUAUGCUUUGACCUAUACAAAGAAACCCGAGUCAGAUUUGAUACGACUCAGAAUUGCUUGUGGAAUUAUGAUCGAGUCGUGUUUGAACCUGACUCGUCUUGGAUAGAUUCUGAGUUUGAAAUAGAGUUUUGGAUUUAGGGUUUGAUGUUUGUCUGUUUAACUCGAUUCUUGUAAUA